CACUUCCCAAUUUCUAGAACAAACAAAAACAACAAGAAAUAACAACAAAGGCUCCCAAGGAAGUAAAUUCUGAUUGCUCAUAAGCUUGCAACAAAUUUAAAAAUAGCGUAUAAAUCCACAAAAUCUCAGACUUGAAUCCAUAGAGAAACGGAAAAUUAUUAAGCGACCAACAAAAUGUCAGUACGUCAUGAUUGGUAUCAAUCGGAGACCAAGGUGGUCAUCACAGUUAUGCUCAAGAAUGCCAAAGAAAACUACAAAGUGGACAUCGAGCAGCAAAGGGUCCAUAUGACAGCCGAGGGUUAUGAGUUGGAUUUGAAGCUGUUCGCCCCAAUAGUGGUGGAACGUAGCUCCUACAAAGAUUUUCCGUCCAAAGUGGAAAUCACCCUGGCCAAAGAGACGGGCAUACGUUGGGACGGACUCGAGGAAGCGGUAAAACAAAAACCGGUAACUGCAGCUCCACCUCCAAUUCACAAAAAGAACUGGGAUAGUUUGGCCAAAGAAGUGGAAAAGGCCGAGGAGGCUGAUGCCCAAAGUGAAGAGGCCCUCCAGCGUCUGUUCAAGAAAAUCUACAGUUCAUCAUCGCCCGAAGUACAAAAGGCUAUGAAUAAAUCAUUUUCCGAAUCUGGCGGUACUGUCUUGAGCACAAAUUGGAAUGAAGUUGGCAAAGAUAAAGUGGAUGUGAAACCACCAGAGGGUUGUGAGUUUCGUAAAUGGGAUUAGUUGAAAAGGAAUGCUGAUAGUUAUUUGACGAAUGCAGUUUAAGUUAGAUCUUAGCCUAUACACACAAAUGAAUGAAUGUUAUUUAAUACCUAUUUUGUUUUUUGUUUUACAUUCAUAUACAUACAUAUUUUUUAGUAAUACUCACAAUACACUUUCUAAUAAACAAAAAAUUUAUCAAAUACUA